UUCAUAAUAACAGUUUUUCUUUAAAGACAAAAAGGAUGGGCAACGUACAUGUAUUAGACCGAGGUCUAAGUAAGAACCAAGUACCCUACCAUUUAAUGAAGACCUCUGAUUUGUAUAAAGUGUUGGAUGGCGAAUGUUAUAAAACAUCACAUACCAUUAGAAGCUUACAAAGAGAGAUGAGAUUUGAUGGCAAUGCAAGAUCCCUUAUUUGUCAGAUAAUGAAGGAUCUAGAAAAUAAGAUACAUAUAUUCAAUGAGGACAUGAUGGGACCGGCCAGUCAAACGAACAUAAGACAAGCCGACUCCGAAGAAAUACAGCAUCUAAGAACAGAAUUGAACAGGCAAAUGAAAGAAAAUGAAAGGCUCAGAAAGGCUCAUAAAGAUAUCGAGGCACUAUUGUCUCAAACUGUUAAUGAAACGAAAAGAAAUGAUUCACACCAGGCACAACAAGGACGUGGACAGGAACAAUCUAAACAAGAAACUCAUAGAAAAAGGAACAGAACGAAAUACCGACCAAUGCAUAAAAGAGUUACAGUUAAAGUACAGAAUCAAGAAGAUGAAAUAACGUUCCUGAUAGAUUCAAACAAAAGCGCGAUGAAACUUAUUGAUCAUCUUAAAGGCAUAAGAAAAGAGUUAGGAGGACUUAGUAAAGUUCCCGAGCAGCAUUUAGUUGUCGACAAUCCAGCAAUAGCAGAGCUCUCUGAUCCUAACAGACCACAAAAUUAA